AUGGCUCCCCAUCGCGAGCCGCUUGAUGCCCCCAAUGGCUCGUCCCUGACCUGGAUCUUCGAGCACUGCCUGCGCUACCCGGGCUCUUACGAGAUCCCUCUGCGUGCCAUGUAUGAUCUCAACUGCCACCCGGCCCAGCAGCCGGGUUCUCGUUCCCCCGAAACCGCGUUCACCCCGCGCAACUCCACCUCGACCAAAUCUUCGCGUUCUUCCCAGGACGCCUCGAUCGACCCGGCUGCCGAUUUCCGCGCGCAGCUGGUCCACCAGAUCUCCAAGCUGCCUUCGCAGCCUUGCACCCUCCCCGCCAGCUUCAUUACUUCAUUUCUGCGCCGCUGCUUCACCAAGGAAUUGGAGACUGUGGAUUUCCCUCAGGUCCUGACCGCGCUGGAUUACCUCAAGGACUUUGAGUCUCGUCGCCGCAAGGAAGUUGCCGCGGCUCUGCAACGUCUCAACAUCAAACCAGAAGAUGUCGAGGAACCCAACCGUUCCGAGCUGGCUCGGAAGUAUCCCGGCGUGCUCUCGUGGAUUAGAGCAAUCAACGUCAAGGGCAAGAUGGUCGAGGCCCUGUACACCCAAAUCUACAUCGGCAUCCGUCGCUGGACGCUUAUCAACGAGAUGCUACUUCCGGAUUACAACAAGGCCAACUGCAUCGCCAUGCUCAACACUCUCUUUCCCCCCAUCACCGACUCCAUGCCUACCCCAACCUCUCAGUUGACUCAUCGGAUCCUCAAGUCGCAGCGCGACGGGUUUUUCCGCUAUAUCAUCGCCCGAGAGACCCAAGGCAAGGACGUCCUGAACCCGAUCAUCUGCCAGGGAGCGCCAGAGGGUCAUCUCAACUCGUGGCCCAAGGUCCACGAUGCUUUGGACAAGUAUCUGUAUCUUGCCAAUGAAACGAUCGACGAGUGCAUGUUGGUCACCGAGCCCAUUCACUUGGAAGAAGGCGAUGCACAGAACCACAGCAACAAGGGCCGCAAGGUAGACUCGGGGAUCAGCUUUGGCUCAACUAGCAGCAGCGGUAGCGGCAGCGGCUCCUCCGAGGAUUCGGAGAAGCCACUCCCGCAGUUCCCUACUCUUCAUCAUGGCGGUCAGACCAAGACUGGCGGGUCUACUCUCGAGCGCCUUGCUCGUGAGUUCCGCAAGUUCGGCGACAGUGCCAAGUCCAAGAACCUGAAGAAGAUGAAGUCGACCAGCGUGCUGGGCUCCCGGCCCGGCAGUCAGCUCAGCUAUGCACCCAGCUAUACUGAGAGCUCCGUCUUCGAGACCGACGGCCCGAAGCGUCAUCGAUUGAUUAGCGAGGCUACCUUCCGCAAGAAGUCUCAGGCUUAG